AUGGGGAUAUUUGUGACGCAUGUCUACCUUGGGUGGAAAAUAAUGAUUAAUUGGAUGGGAUCACGAGUGCUUCCAUUAAUAAAUUCAAUUUCCAAGGCAUCUUUCAUCCAAUUGGUAAGAUGGCCGAGUUGGUCUAAGGCGCACGGUUCAGGUCAACCUGAUCCCGAUGGUAUACAACUGUCUCCGUGUCUCGAAAGAGGCGUGGGUUCAAAUCCCACUCUUAUCAUGUCUUUUUGCUUUUUGCAAAACCAAAUCAUAGCUGGGAACUAA